AUGUUUGAAACACCCAGGUAAGUCAUUUGAAAAAUUCAUUUUAGAAAUGUCUAUUGAAAAGUUUCUGGAGAGAAAAAUCCAGACUACCUUUUUAGAUCUUCCAAGUCUUCUUUUUGCUGACUUUCUGCUUUCAUUUUCGCUUAUUUUAAUUAAAAAAUGCCCCAAAAAAGCUACAAAAUGAAAUUUUUUGGCAUCACGAUUAUUUUAAAUGUAUAAUGGCUAGAGGCGGAGUUCACACUAAUUUUUUCUUUCAGCAUUUCCGCAAAAUAUCCCUGGAUCGCCCGGGCACGAUGCACUAUCCUUCUCGAGCUCCUUCUCUCCCUAAUUUUCGACAUCGCAAUGAUCGAAUCAGUGAUUCGGGGUCAAUUGAUGAACCUCCUACUAGUGAUUAUCCUCUCACUCAACGUCUUCGCCUCAGUCAGGUGAAUUUCAAUUCUUUUCUGUAUGAGAACUCACAAGGCAGGCGAAAAAACGACGGAGACUUGGAUCUUUUUGAUAAUCGGCAGAGUUCUAAGUACUCUAAAAUCUAUCUGAACAACUUCUUCCUCCAUUUUUCCCUUCUAAUAGACUUGUGGAGCUUUCAGGACACCCUAGUCUCCACCUUAAAGUGUGAUAUUCAACUUUAAGCAACAAAAAAACUUUUUUUAUUGGAAUCAGAGUACUCCAAAGUCGAUUACAUCAAACUUUUAACAAGCUUUGAAACUUUAUCCAAUUUUUCUUCUUACAAGAAAGGUCGUCUGAGAACUUUUGAAAAUUUGGUCAGAAUACUCCUUGAUGAAAUUCCUGGAAACCUUAACCUUCCAGUUUCGAAAAAAAUAAGAGCUCCAAGUUUGGAAACGGCUAAUUUUAUAUCCUAUUUUUUGAGCCCUGGUUCUCGGAAACAAAGUUUUGAGCCGUUUUAGACUUUUAAGAUACCAAACUGCCAUUACAAAGGAUAUUCUGAGCAAUUUUCAAGGAUUUCCAAACCAAAAGCUAAGAUGACCUUCCUAGUAAGUACUCUAAUUUCAAUUUAUGCUUUUUUAAAAUUGUUUUUCAGUCCAGUCCUUAUUCUCAAAGCAUCCGUUUCACUGUCUCGCUAGUUUCUAUCGAAAUAAGGUACAAGAAAUAUUUUUUUUCAGGCUUCUGAUGAAAUUGCGCGGCGCCAACUGUGCCUCCUCCAUAACAGCCUACGUCGCCUGGAAAGCCUUCCAGGAAAUAAUCAUGGUGCCCGUGCUCGUAGUUUUCACAUUCUUCGUCGUAGACGUAAAUGAGAUUUUUCAACAAGGAAUAACAAAAUACUUUCAGAAGUACAUAAAAUCAUGGAUGAGCAGUGAAAAAGCCGUGCAGGUUCUCGUGGUUGCCUGGCUCUACGCAUGCUAUUCACUAUUUAUUAUUCUUGAUCUUGGUGAGUUACCUUCAUUCAUUUUCUGAACUUUCUUUAGUAUGUAUUGCAAACAUGACUAGGUACUCAGAUUUCUCUUUUUUUAAUAUUAGAAAGUUCUUUAAAAAAAGUAGAAGUUGAGUUGAAAGUCUCAAAACUAGGGCAUAUUUUUGGAUGACAAUCUCCUCAAUCUUUCUUCAGUUAGUCCUAUAGAACCAGAUUGAACUUUUACAAGUUCUUCUGGUGUAGUUAAAACUCAAAAUAUUACAACUAUAAUUCCAGGAAGCUUGGCUCGAGCCCUGUGGAAACGAAAAGAGAAAGAGAGACGGCAGGCCGAAACGAUUUCUUGCAUUUCCGACGCUUAUGAAGAACUAUCCGGUCGGAGAGAGAUCUCGGCUUACUCCCAAAUGAGGACAUCCCAGGAAGACGGCUUCGAUCCAGAACCACUCAUAAGUCCGAUAGAGCAGAGUUCGAAGAAGAAAAAGAGCAAAAAACGUAACUUUUCCAACAGCUACAGCAACAGCUUGGAAAUGAAAGGAUUGGAGGCUUGA